AUGCCUUCCGAGAAACAUUUCUCUCCAAGAGUUGAUCAAAGUAUGUUUGAGAACUCCAUUGCCCAGCAGCAGAGUCCUCAGACCUCUAGGUCGGGCCAGCCCUCAACCUGGCGCUCCCCAGCAUCAGCCAAUCAUAACCUGGGCUCCGGCUCUGUCGACUCUCCUUCCUCUGGUGGCCAACAGAGGCUUAAAAACGCCAUUAAUCUGGGCAAGGCUGUCGGCGCAAAGGUCAACGACUUGUUAAGAAGAAAGGAGCCCAGUCACCUCGGAGACAUCGGGGUCACUGAGGUCAACAAGAACGUUGAUGCGGUGUGGAGCUGUAUGGACCAACUCAACCAGACCACUGCAAACAGUCACAUCUCCUUCUUUGACUCCUUCCCCCGGCUGGACCCACCACCCCCAUCGGGGAAGAAGCGCCUCCCUCGGGCGCUGAAGACCACCCAGGACAUGAUGAUCUCCUCUGACCCCGUGGUCUCCUCUCCGGACCCUGCUGAGUCAUCCUCCUUCCUUUCUUCUCCCGACAAGGCGCCCCUCAUCGCCAAGGAGGAGCUGAAGAACAGCGAGGAGCAGCAGCGGGGCGAGAAGGAGGACGAGGGGUCGGAGGAGCUCACAUUGCCUCCUGGCCCAGCAGAGAAGAAAUUUGUUGCUGAUCGUUGGGAGACGAAAGGAAGCAACGGCAAAGUUGUGGUAGGUGAAGAAGAAGAUGUAGUGGAAAACGGGAGCACUAUGGGAGGCGAAGAGGAGCAUCAGCCCCAGCUGCAGCGCUCUGUGCCAGACCUCAUCAACAAAGAUCCCCCCCUGGAGCCCAGAGCUAAGCCCUGCGAUGUCUGGCAGAAGGCAUCCGGGUCGGACUCCCGGCUGGCCUCCACACCCUGCUCGGGGAAAACUUCCUGCCGCAUCAGCGUGGGCGAGGAUUUCCCGCUGGGUAACGGAGCCCCCUGCAGUAAAGGCACCGGAGGGAGCACUGAUGAUUUAGAGUCCCACCCGGACCUGCUGUCGUUUGAGUAACGAGCACAACCAGAGUCAGAUACCAGUCCAGUAUGUCUCAAAAAGUUUGAAUGUUUUGCUCUUAAUUCCAACGCGAGCGGCUCAAGGGGUAAUUCAAACAGACUGAUAAUAAGUACUGUGGAUCAAACAUUCACUGCCACUUUGAAAUACUUAACUCUCCCUGCUCCAGGGUAUGCUUUAAGAAAAGGGAACAAGGGCUUCCGGGAAUCCGGGCAGGGGCCAGAUCUGUUGCUUUUUUUUUUUUUUGCUUUUUUGCAUCUUUUUAGAUGUGUGGAUGAGUUUAAAUGUCAUGUACAAUGUGGCCCUCCAACAUAGCUGAGAGACACUACCAGCUUCUCCCUGAUGAUAGGAACACAGAGCUGACCAGCACCAGAUAAUGAAGGAGUAGCAACAGAGAGAAAACGUGUUGGAGGUAAGGGUUCCUGAUGGUGCAGUGAGAAUUCAAAUAUUAACAUUUCAACCAUAGAACACAUGACUAUUAAGGAAUAUAAUUUUAUCAUCAUAGUCUUAUUUAUCAUGUUUUAGCUUUUCCAAGGUUUUAUAACGUGUCAUGUCUGCUUUAACAAUGCAAUAAUACCAGAUAAUGCAAUAAUGAAUGUAAUCAAUGUGAUGAAAUAUCCCUUUAAAUGGGCUGAAAAUGUAAAAUCCCGUUAACGAAUAACUGGCAAUCGUAAAAAAACUUCAUACUUCAUUCUUCCUGAAAAAGUUAAACGUUACAACUAUCGAUGUAUGGGUUGUUCUAUUAUUUAUCAGCAUUAAGUUAUUAUAUUAUCAUGCCAUUGAUUUCCAGACACUUUUUUGCCAUUUAGAGGGAUAUUUGUUUCAUGAUUGUCACUUUGUAGUCCAUACUAUACAAAAGCUGCUACAAUGAAACCAAUUACAAACCGCAACUAACAUGUGUCAUAUAGAAAUGUAAUUUGCAUUUGAUAUAAUUAGAGCACUAAGUUUUAGCAUCAUUUUCAUCAGUGUAAUAGUAUUUCCAGUGUGGAAACGAGCGGGGGAGGCUGAAGGAAUGCGGACGUGUUAGAGAUGGACUGUUUUUUGGGGGGAGUUCGCUUUCAGUUCAGUCAUCACAAAAUAUCCCGCAGAGUUUGUCAGGACUGGAAGCCUUUUGACCCGUAGCUUCAUUCAUAUUACAUCACUUCUGACCCCUUUUUGGAGUUUUAGAUCUUGUCUCAUGCUACACAGGCCUUUGGCAUGGACUGUGACCCUUAAAGGGACCUUUUAAAGCUCUGGCAGCAAGAAAAGGAGUAUUUUUUUUGCGAAAAUACAUCAUAAUCAGCAAUAUUGAAACUUUACCUAUUGACCCCAGGUAGUGUACGUUUGCAACAGUUAAAAAUUGUCUCAUCUUAAAUCUUUAAUUAGGCAAAUAUUAGUAGAAACAAAACCGAGCAACCAGACUGAGGUUAUUUACAUGUGUGUAUCUCUGGUCCAAGAUGAGAAUGGCUUCCAGUCUUCCUUUGUCUGGCUGAACUUAACGUAGACUCUUAUUACACCCCCGAACAAAACUGACAGCGAGUCGGGAUGAAAGGAUGAAUGAGCGGACGGGCGGCAUGUGGAGGGGCGGGCUGGUGAAACGUUGUUUUUGAGCAAAAGACAGAGGAGAUAAUGAGCUGUCAACAGAGAGCGAUGAAGGAGGUGUAUUUUAUUCAAGCACAUCAUUAAGUGACAGACCAAAGACAUGAAUUAGCAACUCAGUCAGAAAGUGUUUGUUUUUGAAAAAAAGAAGCAAUAAUUCAUACAGAAGAUGUGAUUAUUUCUCUUUUUAUUUUCACUUCUUCUACUAAGGAAAAAGUUUUAACCAAAAGUUGAAGCAUUUUAAACAAUUUAAUAGCGAUUCACAUCUUGUUUAAGAUCUCUUGACCCUCCUGACUCAGUCAGAUGUGUGCAGCUGCUCAAAGGUCAGCUGACACUAACGGGGAAAUAACCUGCUUUUGGUUCAGUCCAUAUGCUUCAACUUCAUCACUGUGUCACCGAAAGGAUCAGGCUGCAAUGGUUGUUUUAGCACAAUCAAAGUUACACUAUUAUCUGAGCAUCUUGACACAUAUGGAAAGCAAGCUUGCAGAUGCCGAAUCCAGACCCUAAAAAUAACCCGAUUUUCUAAAAGAGAUCCUCAAGUGGCCUCUAUAAGUGACCACUGUGUCCUUGCAGGGAGUUCCUGACUUCAAAAAAAGGGCAAGACAUUUCCCAGAAGACACCGAGACAGACACUGUAGCUGCGGUCAGGUCGUGCCCGGCAGAAUGAGAGGAAUGUGGAGCUGGACUGCUAGAGAAAGGAAGCUUUGUCUCUCUCAGUCUGUCUCCUGUUUCUUUCUUACAUACUGCAAAUGUCCCCAUUUACUUUUAAAGCAGAAGCAAAACAGCUGGCACCCACAGGAAAAACCACAUUACAAAAAAAAAUGAUUUUCCUUAAUGGUUGCGUCGAGCAAUCCUCAAACCUUUUACUGCGUUUCUAUCUUCAACUUAAAAGAGUUUAAUUUGAUUUAGAUGCACUCAGGACGGUGGAAUGUACAGAGUGCCUGUUUUAUGGAAACAGACGCUGCUGUUGAAUUUUUCAAACGUCAUAUCUCCACUGUGUUGGGGCGGCAGAUGUUUCAGCGGUGGAUAUCUCCAAAACAAUACAAUCUGCUGGAUAAGACCUCAGUGGGAAUAUUUAGAGGUUUGCACGAUCUGUCCCUUCAGGGGGAACGAGUUUAAUUAUAUUAUGAAAAUAAAUGCAGUGAAGCAACCAAGAGUAGAGAUCUAAACUAAAUGAUCUGAUACUGAUAAUCACCAAAACGUAACCAAUCACCCAUAUUGAAAUUGUUUUUUAAAUCUUUUUGAUGCCUCAGUACAAAUUUAAAUUCCUUGAAAACCUGGUUUCAAAUUAUUUCACAACAUUAAAUAUUAAUUAAUGACAAUCAAAGUUAAAGUUCAAAAUAAAAGUGUUAUUUAGUGAGAGUUUGAUGCUGAAAAGCUCUGGUUUGAUCACAUUUGAUUGACGGUGCUCGCAAUAUUGCUGAUUCCUGAUUGGUGCAUGGAAAUACAUGACAUCACCUUUGUUUCAACUGAGUCCACUUUAAAGCAGUGAGAAACAAAAAUACGGGAUUCUCUCAUUGGAAAGAAAUGUUCGGUUCAUGUUGGACCCCCAUCACACAAAAUCUGUUUUCAUGGCCUUAAAGCGUGUUUUAUCUCGUAAUCUGUCAUUUGAAUCUCAGAUAUAUUUUAACCACAUAUAAUACCACUGUAGUCAUUCAGAUGAUUGCUACACACCUGGAGAAACCAGGAAUCGGAGAGGUUUUGACGAAACCGACCAAAACCAAACACGCAUACUUCCCGCCUGACGACAGCUGCGUAUAUUUAGUCGAUGGUAAAAGCAAUAAGAUGAGAUGGAGGGUUGCUCAGAGGGCGGCGGACUGUCUGAAAUGCCUUGUUUCUUCCCUUUCAGCAAAGUGUAAAGAAAAGAAGCUAAAUGCAUUUUUGAGACAAUCGGAGCAGCUCUAUUCAGUUGUCGUGCAUAUUUUAAGAACCACUAAGGUCGAUUUGUAUUGUAUUUUCUGAUGAAGGAACAGUGGUGUACAUUUUAUGGAAAUAUUCUAUCGCUCUUUUUUUUUUUUUUUUUUACAAUCUCUGUGAAUAUGCAAAUUGGGUCUUGCUCUAACAAAUGAAGGAAAGUGAUUUAUUUUGAUAUUCAGUCAUAGAAUGUAGUUAUGGCAAGCUGUGUUAUUUAGUUGCCUCGGUUAAUUUGAUAAAAGAAAAAGAAAAACGGUCCAGCUUUCUAUUUUUUAUGUUGUUGAAUCGUGUGCGUUUGUCUUUGUGAAGCCAGUCGACGACAUUGCAGUGAUUGUGAUGAAUGAAGGAAGUUAAACACUGCACACCGAGGCACAGACGGAAGGCAAACCCGGGACUUUCUAUCGAUCUAUACUCUAAAAGUGCUGCAAAUUACAUCUUUAAGUAUUUAUCCAUGAUGCAAAUAUGCUACACAAAUCAAAGUGAAUGAAUAUUUGUUUUUUGUUUUAUCUUCCUAAUGCAUCUGUUUUUAAAGUGGGGAUGUAAUAACUCCUGUAAUGACUGUAAUCGUUUUAAACAAAAAAAAAUAGACCUAAUCAUGAUUUCUUUUGUGGUGUGUGUUUAUGUGUCUUUUUAAAGAUGAAUGUCACUUCUUUUUUUUUGCUCUGCGUAGAAAAAGCCUCUCUUCAUUUAUUCCGGGCAUAUCCUGUCUUUGAUGCGUUUCCUUCGUCUCGUUCCUGCGACGACAGCAGCCAGACUCCCACUCAGCCCCACCAGUACACUUCCUGUUUUGACGAAGCUGAUGUCCUUGACAGUUAUUUUUCCAGUCAGUGAGAGUCUUCAGUAUAGAUGGGCCCUUGUGUGUCCUGCCUCCGUUUGAUAGAUCGUCUGUUUCUAGAGAACCAAACGCAGAGAGACGGCGGUGGCGAGGAUUCAAGAAUGGAAGCUGCUCUGAUGUUUAAUUCAUCUGUGUUUGUCCUUAUUCAUGGAGAUCCGUGUGUCGCCGGCCUCGUGUUUGUUGACGUGUCGAGAUGAGCUGAAGCCCGUCAGGAAUAAGAUGGAGGAAGAAUCCAAGAAUGUAGACGACUGCAUGAUGAGGCUGUUUUAUUUACCCAACUUCCACAGCAGUGCAAACAUCCAAUCAGCAAAGACACACAGGUCUUGUCACCGUUAAAUAAUUCAAAGAUGAUGCAUUUAUUCAUUCUUUACAAAGGAAUCUAGGCUUCUUUGCAUAAUAAAUCACCAAGUUUGGGGCACAGUUAGAAGGCUGGAUGAAGUUUGUGCCGCCUAACAUUGUUUAAACAAUUUGGCUUAUUUGUGAGAAGUUCCCCAGAACUGAAAGUCACACUUACCCAAAAAUUCUGCAGCAGACAGCAUCAGGGGCUGAAAUGUCCUGACUUUUAGCCCCUAGCAUGAGUCAAGCUCCAGGGACACUGGAUCCUUCAUUUCCCAUCAUGCAACUCAAUAGCAUCUUUCAUUAGACCCUUCCUGACAAGUCAAUGCUCAAAACUUUCAAACUCCAUGCCCCCAGUUCAUAACACAAAACACAAAAAUUCUGUUUUCAAUCCAAAACCAACAUAACCCUGAUGACAUCACUAUGACGUCAUCGGGGUUAUUGACUCAAACUUUGGAAAAGUCUCUUCAGAAACCAAAAAGAUAUUAUCCAGGGGUUUUCUGGCCGAGUAGUGCUAAUCAUGACGAGUAAACUGAACUUGAUGUGUACAAUCUGUAGAGUUCACCCCGGGCCCCGAAGGAUUUGAAAACCAGAGUGGAAAUGCAGUUCGAGCUUCUGUAAUCUCGUAUGUUUCUUAGUGGAACGGAAAAUGGGGUAAAACUUCCAAGAGGACUUGUUAAAAUCUUUCAAGGGUUAAAUUUGAUUACGUGGAAUUACUUAAUGAGCACAGACUUCUGUGAAGAAGUCGGGGUGUAUCCUAACAUUUUAAUAUCCUAUUUUUUUUUUCAUAUGCAUUUUUUUAGAUGUACAUUUGUCACAGUAUGACGCAGUGCUGAACAAGUUUUACCUGGUUUAACAAAUCCUUAAAGGAGUACCUGCACCUCGCUCCCACUUCCAAACAGGGCUCAUGCAUGUGAUUUUGUGCACGUGACCUCCACAACAUGCAUCCAAUUGGAUUCUAGAAAUGACGGGAGGCGGAAGAUAAGUCAAACAAUUUUACUGCAGAGAAAAACAGUGAAAACGUUUCCAUGGUCAGAUGUGCAACAGACCGGAAAUGUUCAACCCACAGACGUUAAAGUGCUGCAACCUUUUGUCCUCCAAACAAGAUCCAGUGUGGAGCUUAAGGCCCCGAAAACACUUGGACUUGCUCUGUAAGAUACUUUGUAAAGCGUAAGUACAUUCUUCUUCAUCCUCCAAGACAUGUUGUUAUUUAUGUCAUAGUGAUAUUUAUACGAGUACCAAGCAGAGAGUGAUCUGAAAGCAAAAUUAGCACAGCUCUUCGAUGAGCUGUUUUCAGAGCAGGGUGAAAAUGUUCUUUGUGGCUGUAAGAAAUAGCCCCCAUAUUGAGUGUGAGGCUCUGUCUGAGUUUGUUAUAUCUAUACAAUGUAUAUUUAAUACUUGUAUUAUGUUAUGAGACAGAAAGCCACCUCUCUCCCUCUCCCCACAUGCUUUCUGCCGCACAGACAGAGCGAAGGGAGUCUGCUCACAGAGGUGAAACGCCAGAUAUGGAGAUGAAUGUUAACGGUGUAAUGAUUACAGCCAGUUUAUCAGUUUAAGCUGUUCUUGUUUGGGACUUUAAAUACAGACGAGGAAGUAGAGUAAGAGACGGAUAAAUGUCAAAAGAAGAAGGAACUCGAAGAUAAAACGUCGUCCUCGCUGAUAACCUUUGGACGUUUCACUACCUUUAUGUGGAAAGUCUUUCCUCAGUUUGUAGCAACUCCUAGCUUCAAGCUAGUAGUUUACUUAGUCAGGUUGCUCCCUGACCUGCGGUGCUGCUCAUCAAUUAAGAUUGUUUUGGUGAGUUUUCUAGUUUAGGAAUAUAUACAGUCGAUAUCUCCAAAAUUAGGCAACUCAAAACAAUCUAGAUUGACAAAUAGCACUAAAGGUUAGAGGAAUUAUAUGUAUUUUUGGGGUGAACUGUCCCAUCAAGGAUGUCUAAGUUAUGACUGUUAUGUAACUGUAAUUAUUACUAUGUGUAAACAAAGCCAAAACAUUCCUUUAUUUAUGAAUGCAUGGAUGAAUCUGUGUGUUUCAGAGUUAGUAGCAUUUAUGUUGUCAAGAUUUAGAAGGAACCAUCCAAUUAAGCAAACUGUUUUUAGCCUUACAUUUUGUAAUUUAAAGGUAUAUUGAAUUUAUUUUAGUGAAUAUCAUUUAGUUUGCAUCAUUAUGAAACAGAAGUUGAAUCAACAGUCAGGCCAUAUACUGUAUGUCCACCAUUUUACAUCUUUUACUCCCUUCUAGCUACCUAACUGACGUUGGUGUUAGUUGUGUCAGUGAGCUAGUUCUGUUAGCUACGUAACAGUUAUAUUUCUAUUCUAUGAUAUUUCUACCACACACACACACAUCCAUUGUUUGUCACCCUCCUAUUCUCUCUCUCUAUAUUUCUCUCUCUCUCUCAUACACGGGCAGCACUCUUGACCCUCGGGAGUUUGCUGCCUGAAGUUCCUAUUGGGUUUAUUGAUCGUCAUGGGGAAAGAUUGCGGCCCUGUGUUUGUGUGUGUGUAUGUGAGAGGGACAACCCUGAGAGCCAAUCUAGCACCUCAAUCCAGCCUAAUCCACACACUACAAGCACAAUCUAAUCAUUAAAGCUGCUGCUGAUAGCUGACAACAAUCACGUGUUCUACCAAAGCCUGGGAAAGCAAUUCAAUUUGUACAAACUAUUAACAAAACCGGGGGAAUAAGCGACGAAACAGCACAAAGCAGUGUGUUCUAUCUGCCAUAUUAAUACAAAAUAAAUACCUGUUUUUGAUCGGUUGGCAGGAGUUUAUUAAGAUCG